AUGUCAGAUAAAUCAAAGAAAUGCGCGUCCAGUGGUUCUGAAAGGUACACAGCACCAAAAAAAAAACCAACAUGUACAGCAAAAAGUGCAAAAGAGACAAGCCGGGUACCAUUAAUCAAUGACCCUGAGGAGGAGUCAGCUCAUCAUCACCCGAGUGCACCACCACUGGAAAUCUCUGGAGGCGGCACAGGGAAGCAACAUACGGAAUCUCAAACGGGGGAUCAGCACGAGAAGCCUGAAAUAGAGCCAGCCUCAAGCUUCUUUACGUCGCCAAAACUCGGUGACGCAACGUCAUCUCCAGUUCUCUCGAGAACUGGAUCUAGCCUGCUUAGAAUACGUACGCAGAUACGGCAGGCAAAACCAGGAGAAGCUCAAGAAACUCUCAAAGCCACGUCUAAGGCUGAGGAAACAGGCGAAUCUUAUGUUGACAGUGGCGAGACCAACAUCUCCCUCGACGCCUCCACAAGGUCGAUUGGUGGCAGCCGUAUGCUGAUGAAUGAGUUGCCCAGACACGCAAAUGAAAUCUUACAAAGAGCCAAAGCAGACUUAGAAAAGCCGGGCAACUUAAAGAAGGAAAUUCGCGAGAAUGUAGUUGCGGGUCUGCACACACUGUACGAGAUGAUCCUUAAGUUGUCUGACUCACGCAUGCUACACAUGCUCGAAUCCAGUAAGCAUAAGGCGAAUGUCUCCAGAGAAUCAGAAAGGCUCACCCAAAGACUUGCCCGAUUCAUGCAUGAAACUCUAGGUCAGUAUGCCACAUUGAAAGAGAGUAUAGAGAAGCUCCACAAGGAAACUGAAUCAACCAGACUUAUUGUCUCAUACGAUCUCUGUGAGGCAGUUUCAGCAACGAAGAGAGAAAUAACAAAUUUCAGAAACGAAACAAGCUUAGGCUCAAACUUGGCAAAGGAACUCAAAGAGCUCCGGCGCAUCAUACAGAAGAUAGACACCAAUAAAGAACGAUAUGAAUUACCUGCCGAUAUACCAGCGCAUAUAGACGAUGCAAAUGUUGCUGCCGAGAGAUUGCAACAGGAAAUCACGAACUCCAAACUUUUGUUAAUCUCAGAAAUAUCUGAGUUGAAACAAGAAGUAAGCAGAAUAUCUCUAGAGAUCCGAAGCCUAUCCUCGGCUGUCUCGAGCUCCGCAUUCCCCUCGGUACAGGCCUGCUUGGAGGAACUGAGGAGGGAAAUGAAGGAGUUGAAAGAUACUGCAGUUGACUCGACAUCACCUAUCAGACUAGCGAUAGAGGGCUUUAAAAGCGAUCUUAAGCAUAAAUCACAGGUCGAAGAGAGAGAGUUAAGAAGUGUACAAAUUAAAAUGAUGGAAGAAAAAGGCACAGAAUCAACUCAGCACUCACUAAUGCCGCAACGUAAAAAGCUUCCACGCACGUUUUCGGAAGUGGUAACAAAGCCAAACUUUCCGAUUAUAGUGGAAUCUAUCGACCCCAGAAAUACAAGCGAUGACAUCAUGAAGCAAGUUAAGGAUGGGAUCGAUGUAGUCGAAUUAGGUAUUGGCAUCAACCAUUUUAAGAAAGCCAAGAACCAGAAGGUUCUAAUCGGUUGCGAGUCUGAAGGAGAUAGAAAUAUUCUCCAAGACCGACUUAAGCACACAACUGACAACAGUGUACAGAUCAGCCACCAGAAACCCACUUUUGCGUCUUACAGGAGUUGUCUUCGACUUGUCAAAUGGUAA